AUGGCAUCCACCGUCUACCCCAACCUAGCCAAAAAGGCCACUCUCUCCGACGGCACCACCUACGGCUACGUCCACGUCCCCGCCACGGACGGAAAACCCACCUUCCUCUUCCUCCACGGCUACCCCUCUACCAGCUACGACUGGCGACACCAGAUCGCAUUCCUGCAGAAGGGCGGAUACGGUGUAAUUGCGCCCGAUCUGCUGGGCUAUGGCGAUACCGACAAGCCGACGGACCUCAAGGCGUACCGUUUGAAGGCGAUGAGCCAGCAUGUGAUUGAGAUUCUGGAUCGCGAGGGUGUCUCUCGGGCGGUGUUGGUCGCGCAUGAUUGGGGCGUCGGUCUCGCCUCCCGCGUGGCAUAUUACUAUCCCCAGCGGUUCUACGGGUUCGUCAGCAUUGCAGUCGCGUAUAAUGCCCCUGGGCCGAAGUUCGAUCUCGACGGUCUCCUCAAACACACCGAAUCCCUCUUCGGAUACCCCGUCUUCGGGUACUGGCUCUGGCAUAACACCGAUGAAGCAGCUGAUGAGAUGGCAGCUCAUCCCGAAUCCGCUUUCAACCUCAUCUACCCGCAAGACCCUGCGAUGUGGAAAACCGAUCUCGCUCCCAUCGGCAAAGCAGCCGAAUGGGUCCGCUCUGGCAAAACCACCCCUCUCCCGUCCUGGCUCACCCAGGAAGACUACGAUAUCCAUCAUCGUGUCUUCUCGGAGGGUGGAUACGCCGGUCCGCUGUCGUGGUAUAAGGCUGCGAUUCGCGGCAUCAAUACCGAAGAUGAAGCGGACAUUGAGGGUGGAGUGGGGAAAUGCACCGUGAAGAAUCUGUAUAUUGCUGCGAAGCAGGACUAUGUUUGUCGGAUGGAGGUGGGGUCGCAUAUGACGACUACGAAUGUGGUGGAUUCGAGGAUCGAGGUGGUGGAUGCGGGUCAUUGGGUGCAGUUGGAGAAGCCGGAUGUUGUGAAUGAGUUGUUGGUUGGGUUUGCGGAGGAGGUUGCGAAGUAA